AUGGAAUUUGGUCUCUCCGUGAUGUACCAGAAAAUCGAUCGCCCUUUGCCCAAUCCUCUCUCUUUCAUGGAACCUCUUUCCAAUGAAAUUUGGAUGUGCAUAUCAUUCGCCUACCUAGGAGUUUCUGUGGUUCUCUUUCUUGUGAGUCGACUGUCUCCUGCUGAGUGGGAAGCGCCAUUGAAUAAAGUGAAAACAAUUUCAGAUCCGAACUCUGAGAUCGCGGAAAUCGGCCAGGGUGGUGGAGACUCCACUGGUGAAAAAUCAUCUCAUUACGACAGCAUCUUUUCAAUCUUCAAUAGCUUCUGGUUCGCACUUUCCACUUUUGUUCAACAAGGAGGUGAUAUCGUCCCCAGGUUGGACCCACAUCCAAUAAAAUAA